CAGGUCGAUCGUGAAGCUGACACUGAUAUUUCCCUUCUCGUACCGAUCACUGAUACUGAAUGCAAAGAAGGUAGAUCUAAACGAGAGAGCCUUUACGUGCCAGACGAAGAUUCGCAAGAAAGCGAAGAUGACAUAAACUAUGUGCAAGGUGAAUCCCUGAAACAGCUCAAUCGCUUUCUACAGCUUCGUGACACCAGCCCAGUCCGCCACGUACUAUCAGUACCAUGGAAUGUAGCUCAAAGCCGUACUAAACGCCGUUAUUUGAGAAAAGCUGAACAGUGUGCUUCAGCAGUAAUGGAAGUCCUUGCUCCUGAAGAUUCGAAUUGCUUGUGGAGGGAAUUAUGUGAGCGCGAAGUGAAUCGAAGAACAACUGGCGGGAAAAGUUGUAAGGAAGUGGAGCUUCUUCAAGCGUUUGCCGAGAGUUGUUUGAACGCUCAACACUGUAGUACCCGUCGGCAAAUACUCUCAAUCCUGGCUGACAAGUUGUCUUUCAAAGAGGUGCAAGAAUUUAUCCCAACCCUGACAAGUUACCGCUUUGACAUAGCGCGACACCACACCCUGCUUCAUGGAAGAGCAGAACCGAUUCCUCGCCAAGAAAACAGGAGAAUGAAAGUUGACCAAGGAAAAUUGGAAGAUUUCAUUUCAUUUAUCACAAGUUCACAUGUGAUUCAAGAUGUUCCAUUUGGCGAAAGGCUUUUGAAGUUAUCAACCGGUGAGGUUAUUAAAACACCAAAUGUAAUCAGAAUGAUGAUUCCGGAGCGUAUUGUUCAACAGUACCAACAAUAUUGCAGUGAAAGAGGUUUUGAGCCCAUGAGCAGGCGAACACUGCAUAGAGUGCUAGAUGAGUGUUCUGCAUCUGUUAGGAAGUCUUUUCAAGGACUUGAUAACUUUUCAUCUCAAGGAGCAGAGGCAUUUGAUGACCUGGACAAAGUGGUCGAUAAACUGGUUGAUUGUGGAAAAACAGAAGUGUGGGCCAGGGAAAUGAAGCAACAGUUACGCUCAUCAAAGCAAUACCUGAAAAGUGACUACAAGGUAUUUGAUUUAUUUCAUUACACGGUUUGUUAUGAAGUACUUCAAAAGAAAGGCGCAAAACUGACAGAAAGUUGAUGCAAAAACCCAGGCAAAGUUGCGCUCCGUUCACCAAGAUCAGGCCAAAUGUUCUGUUCUAGCUAAAAGGAAGAGCAAAUGCGACGUGUUACUAGUGCAGGAUUGGGCAAUGAAAUUUAUGCCACGAAAAUUUCGAGAGCCGCAAUCAGACUGGUUUGCUAAGCGCGGUUUACCAUGGCACAUAACAGUUGCUAUAAGGAAGUCGGAAGAAGGCGAGCAGUUUGAGUCUCAAACAUUCGUACAUGUCUUUCAGAACUGUUUACAAGACAGUGCUGUAGUGGUAUCAAUAAUGCAGGAUUGUCUUGUUUCGCUGAAGAAGGAAAUGCCGGAAUUAGAAAGGGCGUUUUAUAAACAAGAUAAUGCCGGCUGUUACCACAGCGGAUACACUAUCGUUUCAGCAAAAUUUGCAGGCGACAUUGCUGGCGUGGGCGUGGAACGGAACGACUUUUCCGAUCCUCAAGGUGGAAAAGGAAUAUGCGACCGCCAAGCAGCGACUAUUAAAGGAGACAUUGGAAGAUAUGUAAACGAGGGCAAUGAUGUGACAACAGCAAUUCAGCUCAAAACAGCCAUAGAGUCUGGUCCAGGAUCUUGCGCUAAGGCUAGUUACGUUACAUUCAACCCGUCAAGCACUCGGCACGUCAAAUGGGAUGGUGUAAGCUUACUCAACAACUUCAAGUGUGAGGAGAACGGAAUACGAGCGUGGAGGACAUUUAAUGUGGGUCCUAGAAAGUUGCUACCGUGGUCUCAGUUUGAAGGAGUUUUGCAGGUCCCGGAAACUCUUGAAGUGGUUGAUCCCCCAUCGCAGAAAUUGAGUACUAAGCCAUCUUUCAAGAAGGUGAGACACAGACAUGUAAAUAAAAAAUCUGCAAGUGAUCCAAACGCAGCCAGUGAUGCCAAUAGCCGAGAACAAGAAGAUGAUGAUGGUGAAAACGAGCAAGCCUCGCCACUUUUCCCAUGCCCCGAGGAAGGGUGCAUUAAAGCAUACAGCCGCUUUGUAUCAUUACAAGCACAUCUAGACACGGGGAAACACAAGCGACCACCUGAACAGGAAACGCUGUAUGACAAAGCAAAACGAGGAUAUGCUUCAAAGCUAAUGGAUGAAGGUAGCAGAAUUUCCACUGUGCAGUUACAAUGUGAAGAACAAAACAGCCAAUGCUUUUCGCCCCUUACAAUGGGAUGGGCACUUAAGACAAUCACAAAGAAGACACGUUUUACGCAAAAACAGAAUGAAUUUUUGAAACAACAAUUUGAAAUUGGCGAGCAGAGUGGAAGGAAAGCAGAUCCGAAUGAAGUCUCAAAAAUGAUGAGAUCUUCAAGGGACGAGUUAGGAGCUCGUCGAUUUCUACCAGAAAAAGUUCUAACAGGACAGCAAAUCACUGGAUUCUUCUCACGACUGGCAGCAAAGAAAAGGCUUCCUCCCAGUACAGUGAACCGGGAAGAGUCGGGCGAAGAGAGCACUAGAGAAGAUGACAGAGCAUCACAAGAACAGGUAAUCCAAUCUGAAAUCUGUGCGCAAGUGAUGAGAGAGGUUUCCCUUCAGCACCCCAUUGUAUCGUCGUCAGGUUACAACAUCUGUGAACUCAUGCGCAUGGGCAAGAAAAAGCUGAUGUCACUGAGUGUGGACAUGCUGCGCAGUACUUGCGAUGAACUUGGUGUGGACGUCUCUGAUAUAACACAAAGACGAAAG